UAAAAUGGGCGGGGCAUUCAGUUAAUAUCCCAGCAUUCUUUGUACCUACUUCCUUUCUGUCUCUUCCCGGCGUCCAAUAUGUCGAAGCGAGGACGUGGUGGGUCCUCCGGUGCUAAGUUCCGGAUCUCCUUGGGUCUGCCCGUGGGAGCUGUGAUCAAUUGUGCUGACAACACGGGAGCCAAAAAUCUGUAUAUCAUCUCUGUGAAGGGGAUCAAGGGUCGACUGAACAGACUUCCCGCUGCUGGUGUAGGUGACAUGGUGAUGGCCACAGUCAAGAAGGGCAAACCUGAGCUCAGAAAGAAGGGUGAGUAUCACAGAGGUCACCUCAUCUUAGCCGUGUGAUCCAGGAUCGUCUCC